GCAGCAGCGGCGAUGCCUGUCGUCGCCACAGCGUCUGCCUCUGCCUCUGCCUCUGCUUCUUCUACUUCACCGCAGCUGCCAUCGCCGUCGUCGUCCUCUUCUCCGCAUUCUUCGUCCUCGUCCAGCGAUACCGUCACCUGCGCGCCCUCUGCGUCUUCGCCCUCGCCUGGCACCGCCUCGGCACACGACAGUCACCACCGCGCAAAGGCCCUAGAGCGGCUAGUUCUCAACGGCGCUAUAGAUCUUGCUGCCGAUUCAAAUCUCGGCCACCGGCCACCACCAUCUUUAUUAGCUGAAGAACAGCACUCCACCUCUUCACUGCCAGCUUUUUCAGUCCCAGAAGCAUUUUCCUCUACGGCAGAUCCUGACACUGCCAUGAUCUUCUCAGACUUCUACAAAGGGCGGCGGUCACCUUUAUCUCGGCUUCGUGGGCAGAGUCCCCACUCCUCGGCAAAUUCACCGCCUUGGCUUGUUCCUGAAUACAUAGACCUGUUUAGCAAAGACAAGUACAGGCAAAAGGAUACCAUUAAGAAAUAUCUGGCUGCCAAGGUGAAGAAUAAUUGGAACUUUGAAUGGUCACCGCCCCGCAAGACCAAAUCCAAGGCCACCGAAAACCCCAGUGGCGCAGACGAGGAAAAGAACCCCUCUGCCAAAGAGUCCGAACCGGAAGCAAUUAGGGUUGAUUCUGCCAAAGACAUACGAGAUGACGCUUCCGAUGAUGCCGAUGCCGACGCCGACGCCGAAGCCCACGUUGACAGCAGUGCAUUGAGCGACAAUGCCUCAGAUCACGAGGACGUGGAUGCAGAUAACAACGACGACGACACCGACUCCAUCUACAGCAUCGUCUCUGAAGAUGCCGCCGUAAACUACCGUCCCCGUAUGGACUGGUAUUCUGACCUUUCUGAAGACGAAGCUGCCAUUACUUCGGUCAUUGAGGGCGCCGAUAGUGCAGCCAGGACUUCGGCCUUGGAGAAGAAAGCACAGCGCCGGAGGGCUGCCCGAGAGGAAAUGACUUGGAACGAGGGUCUGGCGUGCUUCCAGGCGCGGCGGGAUGCUUGGACCGGUGCAAAGGUGGCUCGAGUCCGUAGCAAACCCGUCGUUUCGCCGCCAGUAUCUCCUCGCUCUCGCCGCUUCUUCUUCCGCCGUUCCAUAUCCGGGUCGCCGCCUUCAUUAUCUUUGAUCAAGUCGAAUUCUCUCGCCGAUAGCCGCUCAGGCACUGCAUCCGACGCGUCUUCGCUCGUCAAAGACGACAAGGACCUCAGCAAGCAAGGUUCCAAAGAUACCGACCAAAUUUCCAAUCGCCUACUACCUGUCGAGACGCUUCUUCCUAUCCCUCACCCGAUCCUCCCGCCUACCAACGGCUUCAGAGCGUCCAUCACACCGGCGAUUUACCUCAGCCUCUACGACAAGGUUAUUCUUAAUAGUCUGCAACCAUCGUGCCCCAUCAACUUAUCCGACAUGAUUCGCUCUUGCGUUAUGGGGUGGAAGCGCGAUGGGGAGUGGCCUCCCAAACCAUCGGCUCCCGAACCUGGAGUUGCUGCAGGACGGCGUAAGAAAGCCAAGAUGGCAUCGGGCACUGCGGGAAGUUCCAUUGGCGUUACCGCUCGCAGAUUGAGUCUCGGCCUGAUAGGACGUGACAAGGAUGAGAAUGGUUUAGGCAUUCGCAAGAGUCUUCAGAAGGCUCUUGGUUUGGGACCAUCACCGGCAAAUCCACAGCAUUGAUUGGCAUGUUUGCAAGGGCAAUUGUUGCCUGCGCCAACAUUCUAUAUUCGACGAAAAGGCGGUCUCCGUAGGCUUUACGAGGACCCAAGCGCAGGAAAUGAUAUAUCAUGGGAGGCAGCGGCGUCUUGAGAAACUGGAAAUUGCCAUUUGGCAUCAUGAGUCUUGGGUGCUACUUUUUUGUUUACGGUGUACAGACAUUGCUUUGUGCAAUGGUCUCUCCCAUAUACCCCAUUCAGCGUUUUUACUUUGGCGAGGAAAUGGCACUGGAUGGCUAUCACGGACUCUUUCUUUCUCUUGUUUUCUUUCUUUGUGUUUUUGUUUACUGGGUUUUUGUUUAUUGGGUUUUUUCUGGAUUAUGAGAAAUGAACAUUCACCAGCGUCUUAAUAACAAGUCGCGAUUUAGCCAAUUUUGCUUUCUUGAUUAUGUGCCGAAAGACGGUCAAGUUGGACCUUGAAAGUUAUUCUCAUCAUUGGAUGAUGAUGGAAGACUGACUAUUAGGAACCUGAGCAUAACAUAUUGAUAACAUUGCUAAUUUUUUUUAAAUCUCUCUCUUCUCUGCCACAAUUUCUCUCUACUCUAUACUAGGCAUCUGAAAUAAUAUACAAACCAAAUCACUCAG